CGCUUCAUCGUGGAAAAACCCCCUCGUCUUCAGACUCUGCUUUCUCUCUCCGAUUUGACCCAGUUUCACAACCCCGUCUAUGCUCACUCGCUGAGUCAAUUUGACUCGCCCGAGUUUGCACUCCAAACCCGUUACCUUCGCGAUGAAGACUAGCGGCCUCGAAGUCUUCGACUUCAGCGAGGAGGACGAGCACUCGGAAUCGGUCCAGGGGAAGUAUUUGGGGAAGCUCAAAAACCCUAGCCUCGAUGCCAAUCGGAUUUUCAAGUACGAUUUUCUCCAGAAUGUUGCCCAGGGAGCCAAACUUCAAACAAAAGAUAUCAGCAGCAUCCCUUGCGUAAAUGAUGAUUCAGUUGACCGUGAUCAUUGUUGUGAUAAUGCUAUUCACAUUCCCCCGUGGGAACAAUUGAAGAGAGCCUUGCUACCGAGAAAGAGUAUAUGGAAUUGGAUGCUGCACCACAAUUCAAAUGUUUGAGUCAUGAACAACAAUCUGAUUCCAAAUUAGAUAGUCAUGGAUCCAGAAGUUUUGUUUCUGAGCCAGAGAGAAGAGGUUCAAAUGCUACGUCAUCAUCGUCUUGGGAAAGCCAGUUACACUUUGCCCUUGCAGUGCCUCCGUCCAGUAAUGAGCCAACUGAUAUGAUUUUAGAUGCUGAUGAAAGCACGAGUGACUCUCCGUCAAGUCCUGCUUCUGAAAUUGAAGAUGAUGACGAUUCUUUGGAUACUUAUAAAUCGUAUCAUUGCUCUGGUGAUUUGGAAGUGGAUAAUACAAAUAUGACGGUUGUUCUUUAUCCUGAUUAUGUUAUAUAUCGGGAUAGUUAUUGUACAGAACCUCGGUUGACCUUUUCUCCCAGUUGCUUCAAAGUCAGUGGUUCAACAUCUGAAUGCCCUGGAACCUUUAGUUCUGAAUGGGAAGUCGAUGAUCUUAUUGAUGUAGAGUGUCAGUGGUUUCAAAAAGUUGAAUUUGUCAUGAUAAAACUUCGUGUUGUAGCAAAGGAUGCCACUGAAGAUGAUAGUGCACCCAAUACUUCUGGCAUUGAAGAGUUGAAGAUUGCAAUUGUUGAACCCAACUGGUUCAAGCAACAGGAAAGGAUAAUGUCUUUGAAUGCGAAAUAUAUCAAUUCAUGGGUUUUGCAUGAUAGCGUGCACACGGAAACAGAUGAGGAGGAUUCACUUGGGCAGAGGCAUCAUUUUCCGAAUUUUGAUGGGCCUUUUGAAGAUGUUGUAUAUCCAAAAGGGGACUCAGAUGCUGUUUCCAUCAGCAAGAGAGAUGUUGAUCUCUUACAGCCAGAGACAUUUAUUAAUGAUACAAUUAUUGACUUCUAUAUCAAGUAUCUGAAGAAUCAGAUUCAACCUGAGAAACGUCAUAGGUACCACUUUUUCAAUAGUUUUUUCUUUCGGAAGCUGGCUGACCUGGACAAAGAUCCAUCCAGUGUUUCUGAUGGCAGAGCUGCUUUUCAACGAGUUCGUAAAUGGACGAGGAAAGUGGAUUUAUUUGAAAAGGAUUACAUCUUCAUUCCUAUAAACUUCAAUCUACACUGGAGUCUAAUAGUCAUAUGCCAUCUUGGUGAAGUGCCUAAACAUAAUGGUGGAGACUCGGGAAAUUUACUUAAAGUACCUUGUAUUUUACACAUGGAUUCUAUCAAAGGAAGUCAUACGGGUCUGAAAAAUCUAAUUCAAAGUUAUCUGUGGGAAGAGUGGAAAGAAAGGAAAAAGGAGACAUCUGAAGAAAUCUCAACAAAGUUUCACAACCUGCGGUUUGUCCCACUUGAGCUACCGCAACAGGAAAAUUCAUUCGAUUGUGGCCUGUUUUUACUCCACUAUUUGGAGCUCUUUUUGGCAGAUGCUCCUGUUCAUUUCAGCCCAUUCAAAAUAACCAAGUUUUCCAACUUUCUUAAUGCAAAUUGGUUUCUUCCGUCCGAGGCAUCUCUGAAGCGUACUCUUAUUCAAAGGUUAAUUUUUGAGCUCCUUGAAGAUCGUUGUCGGGGAGUCUCUUCAGCGGCUUCCAGUGAUGAAGACCAGGCUAAGUUUCCAGAAUGUAACAAUCAUGAAACUGGUGUGCAGUCUUUUUCAGGAAGAUGUGGUCCUGCUAUAGCUUGCCAAGAAAAUAUGUCAAGUUCUCAAGCAGGCCUGGGGAUUGAAAUUACUCUGUUAUCCUCAACUUCUCUAAGGAGUUCUGAGUGCGUUAAAGAUGCAGGCUUUGUUAUCCAGGAACUUUUUGAGCCAGGAGCCACCCCAGGCUCACUAUUUGGAGAAUAUCAAUCAAUUGACCAAAAGUCAUCUUUUUGCCGUCUUAAUGGAGCUGUACCACUGAUGGAGGAAGACACCAAAACUGGAGAGCAGUGUGCUUUUUUGCCUACGGGAGAGACUGGUUUUCAGCAAAUAACUGGAAUUACAUCUCAAACUUGUGACAUUCCGUAUACAUCAAGAGCUUAUGGCGUUGAGACUUCCUUUGACUCGGCACAAACGGAAAAUGAAAACACGGAUUUAUCCCCUAAACUAUCUAUGUGUGUCUCUGACCAUGCUGAAGAUAUAGAGGUCAUUGAUGAUUAUCCAGUUGGGGAAGGUUUGGGUCUGAGCCAGAAAGAAAAAAUGGAUGUAAACCAUUCUCAAUCAGUGGAAAAUGUCACAUGUUUAACAGAUUUCCUUGUUUCUGCUCCAGGCAAGAUGCAAGGCGCUUCCAUUAUAGAAAUGGAAGGUUCUCAAGAUCAUGAUAAGGUGUAUGACGGGAAUGAAAAUGGAGAUUCUCAAGACCCUGAUGGCAACGAAAGUUGUCAAGAACAUGAUAAGGGGCAUGAUGGCAACAAAAAUGGAGGUUCUGAAGACCAUGGUAAGAUUGAUGGAAAAAGUGGAGGUUCUCAAGACCAUGAUGUAGUGCAGGAUGCCAAUGAGAAUAUGGGUUUUCAAGACCAUGAUAAGGUGCAUGAUGGCAAUGUAAAUGGAGCUUCUCAAGACCAUGAUAAGGUGCAGGAUGGCAGCGAAAGUAGAGGCUCUCAUGAGCAUGAUAAGGAGCAGGAUGGCAAAGAAAAUGGAGGUUCUCGAGACCAUGAUAAGGAGCAUGAUGGCUACGAAAAUGGAGGUUCUCAAGACCAUGAUCUGGUGCAGGAUGGCGAUGAAAAUGGAGGCUCUCAAGACCAUGAUAAGGUGCAGGAUGGCGACGAAAAUGGGGGCUCUCAAAACCAUGAUAAGGUGCAGGAUGGCAAUGAAACUGGAGGCUCUCAAAACCAUGAUAAGGUGCAGGAUGGCAACAAAAAUGGUGCUUCUCAAGACCAUGAUAUGGUGCAGGAAGCAGUUCCAAUUCCCUCGUGCCAAGAAAAUCCUGACAUACAAAUGGAUCAAGACUCCGAUAUGGUAGACAACAGGACUGUCUCAUGUGAUGAUGUUCAAAUGGCCAAUAGUCCGCCGCCUGAUGAUGUUCUGAUGCCCGAAUCGCUAGAGCAACGUGCUGCAAAAAGGCUGCGGCUUACACCUCCAGUUGAAGGGGAUAACUGUGUCACAUGAAGCCUUGUUGAAGACUGAAAGUUGUGAGGCCACCAAUGCUCUUUUGGCAUUUCACUAGGCGUUUGACUUGAUUGAUCUGGCCACAUGAGGUAUGUGGGAUGUAUUUAGAGAAGAAUACUUAGAUACUAGGAUGCAUAAUCUAAAAUGUUAGUGAAUUUAAUUCCUCACAAAAAAAGAGAUUUGAUAAAAUCUUAAGGGUAAGAAAAAAAAACAUGGAGAAGUCACGGCCUACUUGGAGUUUUGAGGUUAUGUGCAUACUCUACAGGAGUAGGAUUCUUUUCCCUCAUUUUCCCUGGCUUCGCUUGAACUAGGGCUGGGCGUGGGUUGGAGUAGUUUGGUUUUGGAUGUAAAUUGCGUACUAAACCGCACGCUGCGGUUUUGCCUAAAUUCCAAACCACAAUUGUACCGCAACAGCUUAGAACCAAGGUUGGGGUAUGGUUUGCAAAUGCUGUAGUUUUUAAACCUGUCAAUUUAUAAGAAAAUUCAACAUCAAA